AUGUCAAACAUAGAUAUCGCCUCCGCUGAGCAGUUCGUAUCCGCCGUGCGCAUCGCCGCUUCCUUGACAGUAGCGGGGCUAUCGAUCUUGUACUACGACUUUGCGCUCACGUUCUUCUCGGAGAUCGAGUACUUCUGGAGCCCGCCUGUGUUGUCGCCGACGUUCUUCCUUUACUUGACCACUCGUUACUUCGGCCUUCUUGGGCCGUUGCCUGUGUUUCUUGAAAGCUUCGGAAUAUUCCCAGAAUCCUCGCUUUGCACUCACCGGGAUGUAGUGCUGCUGACCCUUCGAACAUACGCCCUCUAUAACCUGGAUAAAAAAGUGCUCGCGUUGCUCCUCUUCAUCUAUCUAGGCGGUGCUGUGCAAUGUUUGACCGCCGUUCUAACGACAAAUAGCCCACUGACCACGCACGAUAUCCUUGGGUUCGCUUACCCCGGAUGCGAUACCUCUCUCAACAUGGAUCAAGGCAUCCAUUUAUCACUGGCAUGGAGCGCCAUGCUGUGGUUUGACUGCGCCAUCUUCGGGCUAACUUUGAACAAGGCGAUUGAGAUGAGGCUAGAAAUAACCGGCGGGUUGCUCGAGACGAUAUUCCGAGAUGGAACCGUUUAUUUCGCCAUUCUCAUCGUGAUCAACAUUGCGAACACACUCACAUUUCUGCUGACGCCGCCCGUGUCGCCGAUGAAGGGCAUGCUCACCACGCUGACAAACGUGCUGUCUGUCACGCUUACCUCUCGCCUCAUGCUCAACCUCCGCGACCCGACGAUCCAGCUCGGACGACGCGCAGAUGCCACGAGCCGCUGGGAGACCGGGCAGUUCAGCUCCCGGAUGGUGACCUUCUUCCACCCGACCGUCAACUACGAUCCGGAUGAGGACAUGAUCGCCAUCGAGGAAGUCGUGGAGGACUCGACGGCGACCUCAGCCUCGCCGACGAACUCUCAGCAGAACUCCGGAGUGUAG